GUAAUUUUUAAUUGUUUUUGUUAUCAACAAAAUGAAAAGAUGCUUCUUGUGUGGUCAUAAGGGAAUAAGAGUGUUAAAAUUCAGUGAUGAAGCGUUUGAAAAGUGUGUUUCGAUGCUGUCAUUUCGUCAUUCAAAACAUUUCAAAUACAGUGAUAUUACAUUGACACAUAAGCUAAGAAGAACAGUGGGACAUCAUAAGGCGUGUUAUAAAAAAGUUUGUUGUCUUAAGCAUAAGUACAGAGAAGAAUUUAACGAGUUUUGCAAAACACAAGCAGAGCAGCUCAAAUCUGAUAUCCAUGGCCCGGAAAAACGUGGCAGAAGAAAAAAAAAAUCAGCACUUCACACUAAUGAUCCUUCUACAUUUACUGAAGUGCAGCCAAAUACUUCGAAUGUUCAUGAAAAAGAAAGAUCAUGGUAAUUCAAUUGUUGAAGCUUUCUCCCGGUGAUGGACAGAAAUCAACGCAACAAAUAUCGGAUAACACAAAGACGAUUAUCGUAAACAAAAAGUUAUGUAUAUUUUGCCAAUGUAUACAAAAGAAAACUGGGAAGCGAAAAUGUUUUGUCACGUUUCCUCAUUCCGUGAAAACCGUGCGUAAGUUAAAAGAAAUGGCAAAAAGAAAGGGAGAUGCUCGGAUUCUCGAGAUAUUAAGUACAAGUAAAGUAUUCCAUUAUCACGUGAAUUGCCUUUCCACGUAUGGAUUAGCAAUGAAGCGAAGCAUUGAAGUACAUCCAAAGACAAGACCUUGGCA